AUGGGUAUUGGGUAUUCCGAAAUCAUUCCUCAUCUAGACCUGAUUACUAAAAGGAUGUGCAAUGAUGUAUACUAUUGUCCAGAUGACCAAACAUUGUGUCAAGGAUUGGCUACAUUGCAAAAUGAAUGUGAUUAUCAUGAAUUUCUUGAGUAUCUUCAUGAGAAAAAGAAAGUAACUAUGUAUGUGGACCAUAUGCAUGAACCCCUGUUUGAUUGGAUUGAAAUGGAAGAGCCUGAAGUUGAAGAUGGUACCAAUUCCAAUGAAGAUGAAGAUGAUGUAAUAGAUAAAGAAGGUUGGGAACACGAGGUGGAUGAUGAGGAUUUUAUAUGA